CGUGGUUUCCACCAGUGCGUCCGCGUUCGGCGACCACACUGGGUCUGUGAGUGUGGCAACAUGGACCGUGACAAGUGAGAUAUUUGUGUAAUACGUGCUAAACAUUACACGUAACACAGAAAUAGUCCAAAUCACGGCAGUACAAUGAUGCGAACUUCCCUAUCAUAGUAUUAUUUACAAAGUAAUAAAAUAUGGCCGAGAAGAAAAUUGAGAUCGUGUCGACAAGGAGCAUGGAGUGUGAGCAACAGAAACAACCGGUGUCGCCAUUUUUGCGACAGCUGCUGGCGGUGAGCGGGGUGGUGAUGUACAUGAUCGGCACGGGCGCCAACAUCGCGUACCCUGGCGUGCUGCUCGAGCAGUUACGGCAGCCGGACUCCGCUGUGCGGCUCACUCCGGAGCACGAGUCCUGGAUAGCUUCAAUUCUGGGACUGGCUCUCAUCUCUGGUAUCCUGACGGCGCCAUUUUGCCUGCAGAAACUUGGCCGGAGACUGACGAACCAGCUCAGCACAUUGCCAACACUCGCAGGCUGGGCAUUGCUUCUGACUGCUAAGGACCCUAUAGCCUUGCUAUUAAGUAGAUCUUUGCAGGGCUUCGGCAUGGGAUUACAAGCAGCUGCUGCACCAGUCUCCAUAGCUGAGUAUUCAGCUCCCAAGCAUCGAGGGGUCUUCCUGGCAUCCAUUGCGUUUUCCUUCGCCACAGGCAUGUUGGUAGCUCAUGUCUUCGGAACGAUUCUUUACUGGAGAACCGCUGCUGUUGCCUGUGGAAGCUGUUACGUGGUCUCCUUAAUCCUGAUCUCAAUAUCUCCAGAAACUCCACCUUAUCUAGCAUCCAAAGGAAAAUUCAACGAAUGCCGAAAAUCCUUCAGAUGGCUGAGAGGUUUCGACGUAAACUCUGAAAAAGAACUAGAGGUCCUACUCAACACCCAGAAGAAAACGACUUUAACAACACCAAAAGUGUCCAAAUUGAAGUAUUAUUCGGAUAUAGUUAGGAAACCUGAGUUUUAUAAGCCCACAGUCAUCAUGAUGUUUAUGUUUGUGCUGUUCCAAGUAUCUGGUAUGACUGUAGUACCAUCAUAUACUGUUCCAAUGAUGAGUGAAGUGACAGACGGACAAAUAGAGUCUUAUACUAGCAUGUUGAUGGUGGAUGUUGUGAGAUUUGUUAGUGGAAUCAUUGCUUGCAUCGUCGUCAACAAGCUUAACCGACGCACCGUCUUGUUUUUGGGGAUCUUCAUUACCGUGGCGUCUUUAUUCACGACAUCUGUGCUUUUGUACUUAAGGGAUUUCGGAUAUAUUCCAGAUCCUUACAAAUGGACUCCUGUGAUACCAACGCUUUCAUACAUAUUCGGUAAGACAUUAGGAAUCUUGCCAAUACCUUGGGCAAUAGCUGGAGAAAUAUUCCCCUUAGCGUAUAGAUCUCUAGGAAGUGGUAUUUCGGGACUGACUUUAUCCUUAAUGUUUUUUGUGGUUGUCAAAACUGCGCCUACUUCUUUUGGGGCGAUUGGCGUUAAAGGGACAUUCUGUAUUUAUGGUCUAUGCAUAUCUAUAUGUGGGGCUUUCUUAUUCUUUUUACUCCCAGAGACAAAAGGUAAAACGUUAUAUGAAAUUGAAUGUCAUUUCAAAGGGCUGAAAGAUAAGAUAGAUAGAAUAGAUACUUGUGAAAAGGAUAGAAUGUUAGAGCUUGAGAAGGUGGAAGAGGGAUGACGAUACGAGUGAAAGACACCGGAAACGCUUUUCAGCUUUUAGGAGCUGGCCCCGUAGUUAGGAGGAUGAAUAUGUUGGUUAAAUGAAGACAUCUUGUAUCAACGAAUACUCAAAUUUUUUUUUUUGUAAUUAUAGGGAAAAGUUCUGCAAAAAGUGUUCAAAGUUUUUUGCAUCAAGAAAAGUCGCAAAAUUAAUUUUAACAAUUGUUGCCCGUUUUCACUAAACCCAGGAAACGCUUAAAUGGGAUGCCUAAUGAUUUGGGUUAUGAGUAAAAUAACGUUACACACACUCUCAGAUGAUGACUAAGGACGUUAGGCGCCAUUAAAAGUUACGACACCGAUUUUGCGGUGGGGUAUGUUUAGGAAACUCGUAAACUGACACUUGACAGAAAAAAAAAUAUAAAUUCUUUUUUUUAAUAACCUUAGUUACAUAACAAGAAUACUAAAUUUUAGAUAAUCGAACACAAAAUACCACACCUUGUGGCAAGAACAAUAGACAAGCUAUAUGGGCCCAGAAAAAAUCGAUUGAUGAAAGGUAAAUGUAUAGUAAAUAUAUAGGCCUAGGAAUCUUCUAUGAUUAGGCGUCACUUACUUAGGCAUUGCCUUGUUCAUCGUUAGUGUAAACGGGCGUGUUUUUAGUGCGAAUUUUUUUAUUCUUUGGUUUCGUGCUAUAGAUAAAUAAUGUUAGUUUUAACUUUUAAUUUACGACGCUAACCAGGGGAUUUUAUUCUUUCCUCUAGGGAAAAAGCAAAGGUAUAUCACCGUACAGCCAAACCAGUUAGUAUUAAAUGCAGGUCCAACAGUUAUAGGGGAUUAUGUGAUAUUUUUUUAAAUAAAUAAAAGACAAUAAGCGCAUCUGACUUUUAUUUCCAUCAAUUGCACUUGAGAUUACAUUAACACAGACACAACGUAUUAAAUGAAUGACUUUACAAUCUUUAUUGCACCAUAAUGUCUUUACAAUCAUAACAAUGCAAUGGGAUCACAGACAGUUAAAAAUCGAGCGAUAAUUCUCUGUACAAUCUCAUCUCUCUUAAAAUUUUCAUCACACCCCAACAAUAGCCUAUAAAAGUCUACUGCUGGACCAAAGGCCUCUCCCAACGGGAGGGUUUGUCUAUAAUCCUCACGCUGGGCAGACGUGAUGUUGAUCGCAGUAGAUAAUUGUAGUAGCAUGGCGGAAGCUGUUGCCCGAUUUCCGUUAAAUUCUCUUAGUCGCCUCGCAUGAGGACCGUGAGAAGAGGAGAGUUCAUCGUCAUCAUCAUGUCAACCAAUCGACGUCCACUGCUGGACAUAGGUCUUUUGUAGGGAGUUGCACAAUACACGGUCCUGC